CAUGGGCUUCAACCUGACGUUCCACCUUUCCUACAGAGUCCGUUUACUGCUGCUUUUCACCUUAUGCCUCAUGGUGGUUGGCUGGGCCACCAGCAACUACAUUGUGGACACUAUUCAAGAGAUUCCUAGAGCAAGAGAUUUUAUGACUAAUUUUAUCAAGGCGACAGAUCGGGUGAAUGAAGAAACUCGGACAGAAAAAGCACCUGUGAAAAAAGCCGAACCUGAAAAAUGCCCUUCUGUGUCUCCAUACCUCAGAGGCCAGAGCAAGCUGGUUUUCAAGCCAGAUCUCACUUUGGAAGAAGUACAGGCAGAAAAUCCCCAAGUGCACAGAGGCCGGUAUCACCCCGAGGAGUGCCAGGCUCUGCAGCGGGUGGCCAUCCUCAUUCCACACCGAAAUAGAGAGAAGCACCUCAUGUACCUGCUCGAGCACCUGCACCCCUUCCUGCAGAGGCAGCAGAUGGACUAUGGCAUCUUCGUCAUCCACCAGGCUGGAAGUAAAAAGUUUAAUCGAGCCAAACUUAUGAAUGUGGGCUACCUCGAAGCUCUCAAGGAAGAAAAUUGGGACUGCUUUAUAUUCCAUGAUGUGGACCUGGUGCCGGAGCACGACUUUAACCUUUAUAAGUGCGAGGAUCAGCCAAAGCAUCUGGUGGUCGGCAGGAACAGCACUGGGUACCGGUUACGCUACAAAGGAUAUUUUGGGGGUGUUACUGCCCUAACCAGAGAGCAAUUUUUCAAGGUGAAUGGAUUCUCUAACAACUACUGGGGAUGGGGAGGCGAAGACGAUGACCUCAGACUCAGAGUCGAACUUCAUAGAAUGAGAAUAAUCCGGCCGUUACCAGAAGUGGGAAAAUACACAAUGAUCUUCCACACUAGAGACAGAGGAAAUGAAGUAAAUAUAGAAAGGAUGAAGCUCUUAAAUCAAGUGCCACGAGUUUGGAGAACAGAUGGGUUGACAAGUUGCUCUUAUAAAUUACUGUCUGUGCAGCAUAAUCCUUUAUAUAUCAACAUCACAGUGGAUUUCUGGUCUGAUCCAUGAC